UAUGCCUUGUUCAUCAAAAAUGGUAAAAAGUUGAUCAGUUAGUGCAUGCUUUUUGGGUUAAAAUAUUUCAUAAUGGCCAAUAUAGCUGAACAGAGAAUAAAAAGAGAGUUCAAAGAAGUUGUCAAAAGUGAUGAGGUGGCAGCUUGUCGUAUCAAAGUUGAGUUAAUAGGUGACAAAUUUGACCACCUGAGGGGAGAAAUUGGUGGGCCACCCGAUACACCAUAUGAAGGUGGACAGUUCACACUUGAGAUCAAGAUUCCAGAAACGUAUCCUUUCAAUCCACCUCUGGUAAGGUUCAAGACCCAAAUAUGGCAUCCUAAUAUUAGUUCUGUGACUGGGGCCAUUUGUCUAGACAUUUUGAAAGAUCAGUGGGCAGCAGCCAUGACACUUAGAACGGUUUUAUUGUCGCUACAAGCCCUUUUAGCUGCUGCGGAGCCUGAUGACCCACAGGACGCAGUCGUCGCACAACAGUACAAGGAACACCCUCUAAUAUUUGAACAAACUGCAAGACACUGGACAUCAGUUUAUGCAGGAGGUCCCAAAAAGGAAACAGAAUUAGAGCAAAAAAUAUCCAAGAUAAAGAGCAUGGGAUUUGGUGAACAUCAAGCUAGAGUUGCAUUAUCAUCCAAAAAUUGGGACAUAGAAAGAGCGACAGAAUACCUGCUAACCAGCUAGCCAAUGACUGCGUGGUCUAGACAAUUAUAAUGUGAUGCAUCAUCUGGUUUUUUGGAGUACUUUCACACUGGAAAACAAGGCAUACAUAAUUGUAUUGGUUCAUAUGAUUUCCACUUGUGCUGACAUAUACGUGUUUUAUUCUUCACAGCCUGUUUAACACAGGGGUAAAUUGUUGAUUUUUCCAGCUAUACUCCAGUGUGCACCAAAUUAACACACAGCUUUUAUCUGCUUAGAACUGUACAUACUGACAUGUUGAGAAAUACCCAUGAUUCCUAUAUUUAGAAAGAAAAAUGCAUUUUAAAAUGUACAAUCAUUCAAAUAUUAGCCUUUUCUAAAACCACAUAAUUACCCCGUCCUAUAAUAUUUUUGGGUUUCGUAGCUCAAAAAUAAAAAACGACAUUGAGGAAAAAUAAUUACUAUUGCACACAGAGGAAAAUGUAUAAUUGUUUUGUUAUAUUUAUGAAGUGAUUUUCUGAAAAAAAUGUCCUGUCUAGAUUAGGGGUCAAUUAGACUUAGCCUUAUUUGUAAUAAUAAUAUUACUACUACUAUACUACUACUAUUUUAUCAUACAUGGUAAAGCAGUGGUUUUCAGUGAUUUUAAUGUUACCAUUAUAAAGCAAACCAGCAAUGCAAGAAUGCCAUAAAUAUAUACAGAAUGUUAUAAUCGUGUAUUAUAAAAUGCAGGCUAUGUAUAACGUGUAUACAGUUGGAUGUUUUUUAAGCAGCCACUGAUCUGCCUUGAGUGGUCAGCUGUAUGAUACUACUUUAGAUUGCUGCUUGACUUGAAUUUGACUGCAUAUACAACUAACAUGUCAGGUCUGAAAUGAUUGUCAUAUUCGUGUUGUCCAAGGUGUGAGAGAAUUGUGAAAAGGUUCAUCAUCUUACAUUGAAAUAUAUUAAUAAUGAUUCCACUUGCUAGCUUCUUUCAUGUCUACCUUUGUAAUGUUUUCAUUUGUGAAAUCCUUCUUAAUAGGGCUGAUAUUUCGUUUUCAUAUUCAUAAACCUACCCACAGUGAUCCUUACAAUAUUGAUAAAAGGAGUUGGAUUCACCCUCAUACUUUGACAUUUUCAUGUGUCGCAAACACUGUGUAAAGGGAGGGGAGUGUUCAAAUAGUUCUGUGGAGCAACUGGUAUCGCAAGAACAGUGCCCGUUCUGUGUGGUUUUGGGGGAUUUAUUUUUGUUCUCUUUUUUAUUCUUCUUUUUUUUUUCUUUUUUUUUUUUUCUUCUUGUUUUUUUUGACAAACCAGGUAUGAUGUACAGUACACUCAUUUGGUAAUAUCUUUUGGGGUGGGUUUUAUUUUGGUUUUGUAUGUUUGUUUUUAUUAUGAUUUAUUUAUUUAUCUUUCUUACUAUUUUGUUAUAUAUUUGUGUUUCCUGUUUGGCAAACCAGUUUACCCCAUUAGUCAGAACCCUGGUUUAACACAAAUGACACUCAUUUAGUGGCUGGUUUGUGUUUUAGUUUACAUUAUUUUUUUUUAUUUUUUGCAUAUUUGUGUUUGUUGUUAUCAAACCAGUUUGUUUUCGCCUCGAUUGCUACAUUGGCAGUAACUUAAUUUGUUUGUUAUGUAGAGUUAAGUAGAAAUAUAAUUCUUCUAAUAUAUGGUGUUUAUAAUCCCAUGUGGUUGUUACUUUUCUUGCUAUAGUGAAAAGACCCAUUGGUGACAAAACGUAUGUUGAAUGCACUAGUUAUGGGCAUUAUGUUUUAAGAGAUGAAAAUAGAAUUAUGCAUGUAUGACAAGAUAAAAAUUAAUGAACAUACUCAAAACUAAAUAUCAGAUUAUUUGAAACUAACAUGCAUAAAUUUAAAUUUUAUAAUUCAUAUUGAAUUGUAGUUACUAGUCCUGAAAGACAGAACAGUAAUAAAUUAUAGAAUUGUAGAUUUUGUUUUUGAUUUUUUAAAAUAAUAUUUCGACAGGAGUUAAAACACCCUGUGAUGAUAGGAUUGUGACCUAAAAUAGUUGAUGAAAUUCCUAAAUCUUACCUCACAAUUGUUUUCCAUUCCUCUAGUACAUUUUGAUAUUAUAGCCUAACUGUUCACACUCAUUUCUUAUUUUGAAAUAUGUUUAACAUCAUGGCAUACACCAACACCCCAAGAUCAAGUUAGAGAAAUUUCUUGAGUUUUUUUGUUUUUUGUUAAUAGGUUCUAUAAAUUAAAGAUUUUAUUAUUUAAAAAGUUUGGGAAUUAGCUUUAAUCCAAAUUUUGCUAUUAAGCAUGCAGAUUUUAUUUGCUCCAAUGUAAAUGCUUUAUUAGAUAAAUCCGCUUUUGUCCAGAUUUCAACUAGUCUUAAGCUCCUAGAUUUACUGGCAGGAAUAAAACACAAUUGAAGGCAUAAAAUGGAGAAUGUUUAAAUAUUUAAGUAUUUAUAAUUAAUCAUCUAUGAUACCAUAAUUGUUCUUCACUUAAAUCAUCUUUAUCUCCAAUGUAAGUAAAAAAUUGAGUAUUUGAUUAAAAAAAAGUAUUUGAUUAUAAAAUGUCUUAAAAAGAUGCUGACCUGUCAAAGAAGUUAACAUUAUCCAUGUGAUUUGUACAGAUUUAGAAAAUUAUGGAAAUUUGAGUACACUAUGUCCAGGAUUUUGAAAGUUUAGAAUUUUUUUUUUUUUACCUUUGAAUUUGGAAAGUCUUGAAAAAUUGUGAUUUCACAAGUGUUCAAAUUUCAAUCACUCAUAAUAAAAAUAAUUUCAGUGGUUUGUAUUCAUCCCACUUCCCAUGUGAUAUUUGGCGACUAUCCUGGUCUCGGCUUUGAUGUAUGAUAUUCCAAUCUGUUGUUACAAGUAAGGGAGACAAGCACUCUUUCAUCACAUCAUGUAGUAUAUAGUGGCUUUUUGUAGACAACAUACCAAUAAAUGUGACUUACAUGUUACAUUUAUUUUCAUGUACUUAGUGGUGGCUACAUACAGAUGCCAUAAUUGUAACAAUAACUUACAUAUUACAUUAUUAGUCAUAUGCUGGUGUGUUGUUAAACAUUCAGUCAUUCGUGUAUUUAGCAGUGGCUAUUUAUAAACCUCAUACCAGUGAUCAUAACUAGUGGCUAUUUGUAGAGGACAUGCCAUCUUAAAUAUAUAUCUCUAAUUUGUGAUGUAUGCUAAUAUAUAUUAAUAAUAUGUUAUAGGAUUCAUAUUUUAAUUUGGGGCUGUCAGUGAGUUUCCUCUCUUUUCUUCUGUGUGAUUUUAUAUAUGUAUGCUAUUUUUGUGUGUAUGUCAGGUUUGCUUUCAGCGCCCAUGUUAGAAACACUUUGUGUCAGGACUUCGUCAGACAAAGCAUAGUUAAAUUAACCCUACAAACUAACCCAGGGUUAGUCUUACAAAUUUCUUUUAAUUAUUUCUGCACAAAUACAAACUAAACUAGAUUUGAUUGUGUAUGGUUGUCCUAAAUCAAGUUUCAACAAAGGUUUUCUAUUACUAUUUCUAUUGAUUCAGUCAUUGGUUUUAACAGUUCUCUUAACUACUGGUUAAGCAAACUGUUUGCUUGUUGCUGACCACCCCUUAUUAUGCUAUAUCAAGCAGUUCACAUUUGGAUUCAUUAUUUCUCCCACACUUGUACUGUUCUAGACAGAACCCUUUGAAGGCAAUAUUGGGUUGCAUUUGAUCCGACAUCAGAAAUGGGUUCUAAUGAGACGCGGCAUGAAAAAUAUGAAAACGGUGCACCAUCAGGCUAAAAUGACCUUGAUGUAUUACUGAAGCCUAAACCAUGCUAAUUUUACAGUGUAAAUUGAGCAUGUAUGAUCAUUUUUGUUAGCAUGUCUUGUAUAAUAUAUUCUCUUGACCUGCAAGAGCCAGAAGAUGUGAUCUCGGUUUUUGUCGGUUGCACUAAGAUGACUCAAUGCUACUCUCUCUUAAUUGAUCUAUGUAAACCUGUGUGAGUAUUCAGUAAGUUACGUACCGGGUAUGUCGGCCAGAAGGUCCUGUUCUUGUAUACCAUCCCAAGAAUCACAAUAAGUGGAGAUAGAUGGUUUUGCUAUUAAAUUAAAUAGAAUUAGUUAUUGGUGUUUAAACAUAUAUCUUGAGAGUUUGUCUGUUGAAUAAUAAAUGAAUAGCUGCAUUUUAGUAUUGCCACAUGGGGUUUUUGUCUUCUUUUUUUUUCUUUUUUUUAAAUCCUUAUUAAUUGUGUUCAUCAUUGGAUUGGAUGCAGGUGUUGAAGCAGAACAUUGUACAAUUUUAUCUACAGUUUUGUGUGAAGAUCAUUGUGUUGAAAUAACUGCACCGUUAUUUUUUUGCCAAGUUUUGUUAAUUUUUUGUCUGAAUGUAUUAUAUGUUUAUUUUUUUUCUGGGAGAAUGUUUUUGGUAUAUGUUUGCUUGCUAUUUUAAUCAUGAGUGUAAGUUCUUUGAGAUUUUUCUUUCCAGCUUUUCUCAAGUUUCCUUGCCCUGUCUCCUUGGUAACCAGGUGCAUAUUGACAUAUUGUCAGCACUAAUGUAGAUAAUGUGUAAACACAAACCUUGAUGUAAUACAAGACUAUUCUGAUAUUUGAAAUAUACAUAUUUAUUACCAACAAA